ACGCGGUCUCGGGGUUUUGUUUUUAGAAAGAAAAGACAGAACUCGAGAGAUUUUUUUUAAAAGAAGCGAAGGACUCCAGGGUAGCUUCUCCAUUCCCCUCACAACACGUUUUUGAGGCAGAUUAAGAGCAGAGAGAAGAGUGUUUCUUUAAGGAAGGUGACCAGCAUAGGAUCGUCUGGUUAUACUCUCAGGGAUGACUCAGCUGGGUGCCAUAGCAGGUCUGGCUGCCAGCCUGGUAGCAGCUGCUCUUUUUUAUGCAAUACACAAGAUAGAAGAAGGGCACAUUGGAGUUUAUUACAGGGGAGGGGCAUUACUGACAUCCACAAGUGGACCUGGCUUCCACCUUAUGCUCCCCUUUAUUACCUCCUAUAAAUCAGUACAGACAACCUUACAAACAGAUGAAGUAAAAAAUGUUCCCUGUGGCACAAGUGGCGGGGUGAUGAUCUAUUUUGACCGAAUAGAGGUGGUGAAUUUCCUAAUCCAAAGUGCCGUGUAUGACAUAGUGAAGAACUACACUGCCGACUAUGACAAGGCCCUUAUCUUCAACAAGAUCCACCAUGAGCUCAACCAAUUCUGCAGCGUCCACACGCUCCAAGAAGUCUAUAUCGAAUUGUUUGAUCAGAUUGAUGAAAACUUAAAACUGGCACUCCAGCAGGAUUUGACAGGCAUGGCACCAGGACUAAUCAUUCAGGCAGUCCGAGUUACAAAGCCAAAUAUCCCAGAAACAAUUCGGAGGAAUUAUGAACUCAUGGAGAGUGAGAAAACAAAGCUGUUGAUCGCAGCUCAGAAGCAGAAGGUGGUGGAGAAGGAGGCCGAGACAGAACGCAAGAAAGCUCUCAUAGAAGCAGAAAAAAUUGCCCAGGUGGCGGAAAUAACAUACGGACAGAAGGUGAUGGAGAAAGAGACUGAGAAGAGAAUCUCCGAGAUUGAAGAUGCUGCCUUCCUUGCUAGAGAGAAGGCAAAAGCAGAUGCUGAGUGUUACACUGCCGUGAAGGUAGCAGAAGCCAACAAGCUAAAAUUGACGCCAGAAUACUUGCAGUUGAUGAAGUACAAAGCAAUUGCCUCCAACAGCAAGAUCUAUUUUGGCAAAGAUAUUCCCAACAUGUUUAUGGACCACGCUGGGACUUCCUCAAAAUCUUCAGAAGGACCCACUGAGGAGUUGAGAGAUGAAAACUGGCUAGGAGCAGGGGAGGAUUUGUGAACCCAAAUCAAGGCAAAGCGACAGUUUGAUCUUCAUGUAGAUGAAUGGAACUGAUGCUUCUUCUCAGUUGGAUUUCUCUUUUCUACAAUGCUGGAGAAAAGCCAGGCAGAACCCCAACCCCUACCCCAUUUGUCUUGAAAAGGCAGGCUUGGAAGCACGUCAGCAGUGUGGCUUCCUGACUUCUUAUUUCUCAGCAGUCAGAUUCACUGUCGUGUUUGCCCUUGUGCAGAUGGAGAAAGCAACCAUGAAUCUUGCUAGAAUCUGCAGCAUUCCCGUGACUGGCUCUGUAACCACUUCCGUCAAUUAAGCACAUUCGGUUUCAUUGAAUUUUUUUAACAACUGGAGAAGGAGGAGACUUCUCUUGGUAGAAAGCAUACUAUCCCUUUUCGUUGUGCAUAUGCUACAGGUAAAGUCCAGUAGAUGAUGGAUAACAAGUAUCUUACCUAGCAAAUUUCAGGAAUGAAACAAGUGUGUUUUCUUGUCCUUAUUCUUCCUUUUUUAAAGUCGGUUUUGAGUAUUUGCAAAAAAAAGCCCAUCUUGGAUAAUAUGCACAUAAGCCAGGUAACCACCACAUGCUGUCCUUGAAUUCUCCUUGGAUUCAUGUGAAUCUCAUCCAGUUGCUGGAUUUCCCCUGUAGCAUGGAGGCUUGUCCUACCCCACGUGUAGUAGAGGUGCUACAUUUUGGAUUUCUAAAAAAAAAAAACACUACAAAUUCCAGACUUGGCAUGAUGAUUUAGAUGAAAUAUCUAAAUUAAAUAUCAACACACUAAA